GGUAGAGCGCGCGCGCGUCAUCUUCGCACGUCCGUGUUGGUUGUAAACGCGCGUAAAUUUGUUUUGAGCUGGAGUCUGUGUGUGGUGCUGUAACAAGUUAACAUUAUUUUACAUGAACACGGCAGCAUACAGCUAUGGACAGAUAUGUGCUAGUUGUUAUAAUCAACCUAGAGCCAAAGAAAGAGGGCUCUUUCAACGGGGUUGAUGAAACCAAAAAAGUGUUUGAUAACCUCAAGAGCAUUUCUAAUUCGAAUUUAACCCGCAUUCCUCCAUUUCCAGCCUGCUCUCUGAGUGGUAGUCCUGGCCCACAGAGAUGGUACUUUGCCAUUCAAGCCAGUUGUGGUACAGCACAGUGGUGCAGCUCAGAGUGGGAGGAACUGUGUUCCCAGCGCAGUGACAGUGAGGAAUCAGAGCCAUGUGCUUUAGACACCUGCAUCGCUGCCCUUCAGGAGCAAGAGGAACAAAGCGUGCUCACAGAGAACCCAUCCCACGCAGAACUCUUUGAAGAGGCUGCUGAAGGUCUUCAUCAGUUAGCAGACAAACUUCCUCCUCCAGGGAAGUCUUUGCUCGAUGUGAUUGUUCUGUGUGUGGAUGAGGAGGCGGGGUUGAAGGAUAUGUUGCCUGUGAUUGGCUGUUUGAAGCACUUGAGGGCAUGGCAUUUGGCACAGAUGAUCAUGGUCACUGAACACAAUGCAGGGUGGCAGAAAGCAGCCAUGUACCUAGAUGCCCGCUUAUGUUUUCCAUCAGUGAUUGACAGCUCUGUGGAUGGGAGAGAGAUCUGGAGAGGUGGACUUCACAUUAGAGAGAAAAAGUUUGUCUCUGAGCUGAAGUUUGAGGGUUUCUGUUUGAGAGCUCAGAGGAGAAAGCGCUGGAGUGAUACACUGUAUUCUCACACAGACCCACAAUGCCACACUGAUCAUAAACUACAGCAUGAGGUAUUUCAGUGUUACCAGCCUGUGUUGGAACUGAUUCAGCUGGUCAGAGUCAAAGAUCUCCCAAUUCUUCUCCAUUCCAGCGCAGAGUUUGAACUUGGUUUGACUUCUAAAUCUGUCAAAGCCAAGCUACUCUUGGACCAACUGUGCACACUGCGUGGAGAGGUGGGAGCUUUGUUUUCUUUGUCCUGUGUGAUAAGCUCUGAGACUUUCCCAGCAGCCUCCCAGCUCAGCUCCUGCAAAUGGAGAGACUUCAUGUCCAAACGCCCCAAGGACAUACCUGUGCCUGAUGUGGUGGUAAAAGGUGAAAGAGGCCGCUACCUUUUCUUGGUGCAGGGGGCGGAGUCAGGAGGCUGCACAGCGCGAAUGAUACACACGGCCAAUCAGAUCAAUGGAGCUGCUGCCCUGGCAACGCUUAGUGCCCUCAUCAGGGAAAAAGUUCCGCCUUCUUCAGGGAGCAGCACUGCUGACUGGCUACGGUCCCUGCCUUGUCUCCGUGGAGAGCAGUUCUUGCAAAGGGAGAGAAAGCUGGCCAAGGUGCAGACUCUGGUCCUCAAGGAAUGUUGCCGGCGACGAGAGGAGGCCCAGAAGUCUGCUGCCAUUCCCGUGAAUGAACUGAAGGCUCUACUGAAUCUGGCCAGAGAGCAGUACCUUCAAAUGCACGACUCCACACUGUCUAGAGCAUCUGAACGCAUGUGCCUGGAGAAGGAGAACCGGACUUCCUCUUCUGUCACUAGUGAUGUGAAACGUUGUGCUCGCACAGAAUGGCCAGAGAGGAGCGUCCUACAAAACUAUGAGAACAUACAGAGAUCCCGACAAAGAUCCAGUGUCAUCCGCAGGUGCAGGCUGUUCAGCAGUGGUUCCUCUGAGAGUCUGAUGGGGCCUAAAGAUAGCCAGAGGGGAAGUUCUUCACUGCUGGAUGCCAGAGAACUGCUCAAACACUUCACCCCUGAUGGACUUCCUAGUGGGGAACUACAGCCGCUGCCAGUGCUUAGAGGUGAACAUGCAUUUGAGUUGUCUCCUGACCUCACACCCAGGAAGGUGACCAAGCUUCCUUUCUCAAAAGCCACCCGAUCCCACUAUCAUGGAAUAGAGUUCUGUCUGGAUGAGCGUAAGGCCCUUGAGCGAGACCGUGGCUUUGUGAAGCUGCAGUCUCGUCUAAUAAGAUAUGAGACCCAGAGCACAUGCUGUAAGGAGCCCUGCCCUGUGCCAUUCGCCGUCAGUCCUGCCCCCUCCCCAGCCGUGCUGUCUGAACCGGGCAGUGUGCCCGACGGUGAAGCCCUGCACAGUGAGCUGUCCCGCCUUAAACGCCGCUCCCGCGAAACAGACCUGCAGCCACACAAGAGGUUCUGUAAAUCGGAGAGCUCUGAAUCUCUGGGUGCAGGUGGUACUCACCCAGCAGUGGGGGCUCUGCGGCAGCAAGCAGCCCAUUCCCGUUCCAGCUCAGGUCUGGCCAGACAUUCUGCUUCGGUUGCUGACCCCUCGCCCAGUCAAAAACCCAGCCAGACAAAGACCCAGACCGAGUCCCGCUCCCAGAAACACAACAGGAUGCUGAGGGAGGUGGUUGCUAAGACGCUCAAUAAACACGGGAUCAGCAGCGAGCACAAGUGCUUUGAAGCCUGUAGUCAAAGACUGUUUGACAUAUCAAAGUUUUAUCUGAAGGAUCUGAAAACCUCACGUGGCCUUCAUGAGGAAAUGAAGAAAGCAGCCAGUAACAACGCCAAACAGGUGAUCGAUUGGGUUGUGGAGAAAUCAUCUAAAAUAUGACUUGAUUUUUAGGUGGAAACAUUGAAGGUAAACCUGCAGUAGGACACCGUGAUUAGAACUAACAUCAUGAUGCUACAAAGUGAAUGGAUGGAGCUUUAAGAAAAGAGCUUCUAAUGCUGUAGGACUUUUCACAGCGUUAAUUAUACAACUGUUCCUGGCAUGUGCAUAUUUAUUUCUAUAUUGUUUUUUUUUGUUUUUUAUGUUUGUGAUAAUCAUUUUAAUGUAUUAAAAAUGUUAUUUCAUUUGUUUUUAAGGUUUUAACACUUAAAGUGAGUGUCUGUCUGUCUGACUGACAAACAACAGCCAAAUAUGGCCCCAGCCACGUUUUCUGAGAAACACUGUUUUGCAUCAUGAAAAUCAGUCAGAGGGCGUUUCUCCCCCGAUCGUAUUUCAGUAAUCAGUUCGCUCAAAUCACCACUCAAGCAUGAAACAAGGAACACAUGAGUCUCAACUGUUUCUCAAAACCUCAUCCUUCCUUCAGCUUUUCUUUUUCGUUGGUCACACACAAGCUAUCGGCACUAAACUACCGCUGCAAGUAGUUUGCCCUAAAAUUACCCAAGGUCACAUUGGGCUGAGGUCGUAAAGAGUAACUGCUCCCUGGUACUCCCUGCCUAGAGAAGGUUGAGGGUGUCUCGUUUGGCAAAGUCACCGGACACAUUCCAGUCCCACACAGGGCCAUUGUUCUUGCUCCUGGGUGCCCAGAGGGGUGAUGGGAAAGGAGGGAGGGGGCUGCACAAUACAUUGGCAACCAUGAGAGCCCUCGAAGGCAAUAUGCAAUCUGAACUCGCUGCUUAUCACCAGAGCUGCUCUGGUUCAGAUAGUGAAACUCAGUGUUAUGAUGUUGAAUAAAACAGAUGUUUUUAAUAAGGUUUUAGUUUAUUGAUACAUUGUGCUACUCCCUUUUUCCCCAAGCUGAAUCAGUAUUUUGAUCUGCAUGGGUUAACUAUUAAACUUUAGACUUGUUUUCAGACUCUUUUCUACAGUGUUUAAGCAUCUCACUUUGUUCUCCAUGCUGACGUCUUGAUAUAAAAGGGUUCACAGCAUGAAGAAUCAAAUUUUCUUUGAACUUUUCAGAAGAGUUCAUUCUAUUAUGAAAAUACGCUGUCAUUUUCAGAACUUGAAACUUCCUCCCAGCGACCAUUUACUGAAACUUAAGCUGAAAAUGAGGAAGCGUGAAUAACAUAGUUCUACUGUUUAGGAAUAAACUGAAAUAUGGGAGCUCCUGGAUGUGUGUUGCACCAGCUGCUCUACAUGUUCUGUAUAUGAUUUGUGUGUGUAAAAAAAGUGUUCACUCAAUAAGUCAUAAUUAAUCACUCUCAUGUUGUUCCAAACCUGUAUUACCUUUUCUUUGUUCUGCUGAAUACAAGACAUUUUGAACAAUGUUGUUGUGAAACUAACUGGGGUCUAAAAAUUUGUUGCCAUAUUUGAUUUACUUCUCAUAAGCAUAACCAGUGUUUAAAUUUUUUUAGGAGGGAAUAAAACCGAAAUUGCAAUCAGUUCAUCAUACAAAGUAAUAAUCUACUUUAGAAGACUCAAAGUGACUCAAUUCUGUCUUGUAAAAAGUGUUCAUGCCUUUGCAGAACUCAUAAAAACUUGUAAACUGAAUUUUCGAGACCUCCAACUUGUAGCACCUGACCGCUGUAACGUCAUGUGGAAACACUCAAAAUGGCAGCAGCCUCAGCAGUGACGCAACUAAUUCAUACUUUAAAAAAAAAAAAAAAUUCUUACAGUUGACUAUUGUCCAUGUGUUAACAUAAGAACAAUAAGUGAUAGAAAUACAAUAUAGUAAUGUAGCUAUAACGUAGUGUUGAAUAACUAAAAGCCCACUAAAUAAGUUUAUUAAUAACAACUGUUACUUAUAUUGUAGUUUUUGACUUCCACUCUAUUUGUGGCGGCAUAUAUAAGCAAAUUAAUUCUCUGCCAGCAGGUGGCACUUAGAGCAGGAGAAAUAGAGGUUUCCCUGGUAACAGCUGUACACAAAUCAGAGCUCCGCUCACAAACGCUGCUUUGUCAGGCAUUACAUGCAAGAUGAAAUGAAAAUGACAUCCAAAAUUUUCUAUAGACAGUCGGUUUCCUUCAAAAAUACAGUGA